CGCAAACGGGUAGGAGCUGGUACCACGUGGUCGUCGCAGAGGUACGCGGCCUCGUUGGAGUCACGCCGGUCGACGCGUGGACCGUAAACGGUAUUCCCGGAAUCGCGAGGGACCUCAGUCGGCGACCGACCGUCGAACCGACCGGUAGUCGCGAAUCGCGGAGAGGCUCCGGCAUCGGUUUCUCGCAGUCAGGGCGCCGAGCGACGCGCCUAUGUGCCAGGAACGCGGCGUCCACCUCCAGCGGGGAACCGGCGAAGCGGCAACGUCGGGAUCUAUGUGUCCCGACGGCGAGGACGACAGGUCCGCCUCCGACACCGCGUUUCACGAACACUGACCGGGGUGUCGCCACCGGCGCCCGCCGCGUUUAAAUUUGCCGCGCGACAGCGCGACCGCGAACCCCCCGCCGACCGUCCCGCGGGGUGCGGGCUGAGCGGGCAUGCAGCAGGAGAAGGAGCAGGACAAUGGAAUCAACGUCAGGUUCAAGGAGGAGACCAGAAAGGGCCCCUACACGCUGGUCCCUCAAAAGAACGCGGACUCUGGUCUUCCCCGAAUCACCAACGGCACAGUUAAAAAUGAAGUGGGAGAGGGAGAACUCGUGCCACCAGACGGAGGCUGGGGAUGGCUCGUCCUCUUGGCAUCUGUCAUGGUCAAUCUUCUCAUCCCAGGAACCGUCAAAUCAUUUGGCGUCCUCUUCGUGGAGUUCCUUGAGGUUUUCGACGCUUCUCCAGCAGCCGCUGCCUGGAUACCCGCCCUCUGUUACUUCCUUUACAGCUCACUCGGUCCUCUUUCCAGUGUUCUCUCCGUCAAGUAUUCCUAUAGGACGGUAACCUUAAUCGGUGGAACGUUUGCAGCGGUAGGAAUGAUGCUUAGUUAUUUCGCUAGCUCCGUGGGUUUCCUAUGCGUGAGCUAUGGCGUACUUGUUGGAAUCGGUGCUGGACUGGCAUUUCCUCCUACGGUUUACAUCGUGACUUCUUACUUCGUGAGAUUGCGUGGACUCGCCAAUGGCCUAUGCAUUUCUGGCAGUGCGCUAGGGUCGAUAUUCCUGCCACCGGUUCUUGGAUAUCUUCUACAAGAAUACGGUUACAGGGGUGCAGUAUUAAUAAUGGGAGCAGUAACGCUGAACGUUUGGGCGAGCGCGCUUUUGUACGACCCAGUUGAGAAACACAUGAAAUUCGUCCCGUCUUCGGAGGACCCGGAAGACCGAGACGGCGUGGAGACCGCUUCGAUAAUCCUGACAAGUCCCGAGGAAGAGAAGAAACUCAAUCUCCUGAUCGUCUCCAACUCUCAGGUGAAGACUGCCCCUACGGUGCCAAAGAGCGCAUCCAGCGUCGCGCUAGAGAAUUACAGGAACACGCCGGUUCAGACUAGAACGAGGAAAAUCAGUAUGCCAAGCGGAAGAGAUAUCGCUGGACAGAUGCACAGUACGCCAGCCUUGCACGCGGUUCCCGAACGGUGUGGGAUGGAAAGUGGCAGAGUUCGGCGAAAGACCCCUUUGAGAUCGCCGAGCUCGUCGUCCUUCAAUUACAUCAGUACCCCGUAUCACGGGAGUACCCUUUCGGCCCUGCACCCAGAACACGCGUCGACGUUGACCCUGAACGCGAUAUCGAACACUUUCAGGAAGACUCCGGAAAAGUCAGCCAAGGAGGAGGAAGGACCUAGUAACAAAUUCUUCGACGUGAGCCUUCUCAGGGACCCGGUAUACCUCGUCAUUCUGAUCUCGAAUUCUACUAACGCCGUCAGUUACACCAACUUUGUGAUACUACUACCGACUUACGCGAUAUCUCUGAAAUUCGACAAGAGCAUGGCUUCGCUGUUGCUGUCGACGGUGUCGGUGCUGGACCUCAUAGGGAGGAUAGGCGGCUCGGCCCUGUCGGACGUCAAGAUCAUGCCGAAACACUGGUACUUCGUUGGCGGCUUGCUGGUAUCGGGCGUGUCUUUGGCCUUGCUGCCUUUAGCAACCACGUACACCAUGCUGUCCGUUUACUGUGGAAUAUUUGGACUGGCUUCGGGCAUUUACGUAGGCAUCACGGCGGUCAUCAUGGCGGAUAUGCUCGGCACCGAGAAGCUGACGUCGUCCUACGGUAUCUCUCUUUUUGUGAACGGUAUUAUUCAGCUCAUAGGUCCACCUAUUUGCGGCCUGGUUUACGAGCAGAUUGGAAGUUACGGACCUAUCUUCAGUACUUUAGGAAUAAUCCUCGUCGCUGGGGGCUCUCUGUGGGGAUUCAUGCCCUUUAUCAGAAAGCGGCAAGCCGCGAUGAAUAAUACCGCUCAGAUCGACAAGUUAUAGCAGACGAACUGUCUCUUCCUCGAGAUCCAGAGGCCUCGUUGCGAUCGCCAGGAAAGCCUUGUUACACCUCCUAGUGAUGGAAUGCCCGACGACGUUUGCGGACAAGAUGACUAGCGAGACCGUUCUCACGUGGACUGCGAUGUCCACGUGAGAACGGUCCACUUCGUUCCUUACAUUGCGAUGACAACGCGAACAAGUGUAUAGUACUGCUAUUAUGUUUCUUGUCGGCAACAUUUGAUCUUUUAAUGUUAUCAAUUAAAACGCGAUACUGGACGCGAGGUCAUCUGUAUGAGAAUUUAAUAUGUAAAGACUAUGUUAGGGCGAAUUGAAGAUGACUGUAGCUAUAUUAUACAAUGUCAUUAGUAAGCAGCGAUAUUAUUACCGUAAUGCCACAAGUGUGCUGGGCAUUGCCAUAAAUGACCUUGUGUACGACACACAUUCGACGUUUUUCUGACGGACCACGUAUAACUGUUACAAUUGCCGCAUUAGGUGACACAAGACGUAGCGAUUUGCACAGCUAAAAUUUCAAAUCGCUUGUACAGUUCGCCGACUAAUCCGUGCAAAUGGUUUUACAACUAAUGAGGUCUUAUCGAACGCCUUGACUACGCGUACGUACGCGUUAAUAUAUGCUUUAGGGUUGAAGGCACAAUUUUGAAGCAUCUAACAAAAUUAUAAGACAUUCUAAAGUAUAGUUUUUAUAAUUGUAUUACAAGAGCGGUGAUACAAAUUGUCUUAAUUCGUCAAUCGGUUCGUUAGGCCGAGAUAUCAAUUAAGUUAGUACAAAAAGGGUUUUCAAGCACAAAUUUUACUUUCCUUCGACGGUCUUGUUAUCGAAAUUGUGUCAGACGUGUCUAACACUUGUAAAGAAAAAGAAAUAGUCAAAAGCGGACAUCUCUAUAAAAACUACCUUGCCUUAUGAUUACGAUACUACGAUAUAAGAUCGAUCAAAGAUCUUGACUGCAAUUAUAGAAAGUAUUCCCCCAGUAGCACAAACGCCGUAAUAUCGAACUAAAUAGAUUACUUUUGUAACUGUACUGCACCUUUAGUCAAUGUAAUGGAUCGCAAUUAUGCUACCAGAAUUUUGGAAAUAUUAUGGUUACAAGAGCCUGAAAGCAACGUACAGACUGCCCGUCUUCGAUGCAGUAUCGUGGGCAACAUCACAUUAUAAAAUAAGUUUAAUUACAAUAGACCGAAAAUGUAACCGCGCGAUCAACCGCACACAUAAACACAAUUACGAUAUACCAAGCGAAUGUCUAGGCAAAAGUUUACGUGGACGGUGUGCUAAGGAUGCACAUGAGGUCUGUAAUAUUUCGAAGGAGCUCUAAUAUACUUGGUGCAAAUAGAUUACAGUAUUUUAUAGAUUAUUUUAUAUGAACUUUUCAUUCAAUGUAUUAUAGAAAGUUAAGAUAUGUGCACGUUGCUGCCACCCACUACUGAACCAUGUUCAAUGUAAAAAUAAACGUACGGAUAACAUAUCAUCUUUGAAACUUGUAUACAUUAAUGUCCUAUGGGAUUUACAGACUCGGAGAAAUUAAUUUCGUCGCACUCUUUAAUUUCAAUGAUUAGUGUUUCUUUGUGUUCACUUGUCACGUACAAAUCAAUGCUGUUUUUUUUUAUAGUAUAGAAAUUGCAGAGAAAGGUUAAUUGUUAUCCUAAAAA